CCCCCCCCCCCUUACUUGGCCCUAACGCUGACCAUUCCCUCCUCUCCUGCCCCUGCAGGCCGGGGAUCGUAGGAAGUCCAAGUAGUAGACGAAAUCUUCCUUCUCUCGCAGCCCCGAGCCCGAAGAAGAGCAAAGAAUUAGAAGGGGAGGGGUGAGGCAGCGGCAGUAGGGAGCCAUGGCCGCGACGCUCUCCUCUUCCUUCUUCGCCUCUUCUUCUUCUUCUUCGUUCGCUAAUCUCAAUCCGACAAUUCCGGGAAGAAGACUCUCUCCUUUUCUCUUUAAUCCCCUCUCGCUCCCCUCUUCCGUGCCGUUUCCUUCUCCUUCCCGUGGAAGGGUUUCAAGGAAGCUAUACAAGGUAAGGGCCGCCACAAUGCAAGAGAAAGAGGAAAAGGUGACCGUGGAAGACUCUUUUAAUGCGAAGACAUUUCCUGGUAACGAGGGGAAAAGUAAUCGAUGCCGAUCCGGACGACUAGGUGCGCCUGGUUCUGUGGAGAGCUGGGUUAUUAAGUUUGAGCAAUCCGUGAAUAUUUUUCUCACGGAUUUGGUAAUCAAUAUACUUGAUGCAUUGUACCAUGAUCGCCAUUAUGAAAGAUUUUUUGUGUUGGAGACCAUAGCUAGGGUACCAUAUUUUGCUUUUAUAUCUGUUCUGCACAUGUAUGAGAGCUUCGGUUGGUGGAGAAGAGCUGAUUAUUUGAAAGUGCAUUUUGCUGAAAGCUGGAAUGAGAUGCACCAUCUACUUAUUAUGGAGGAACUAGGAGGCAAUGCUUUCUGGUUUGAUCGUUUCGCUCAGCAUAUAGCAAUCUUCUACUACUUCAUGACGGUUGUCAUGUAUGCUCUAAGCCAAGAAUGGCAUGUAAGUACAGAAACAUCUUUAUCAUUUUCUGAAUGUGUUGAAAGGCAUGCAUACUCGACAUAUGACAAGUUUCUAAAUCUGGGUGCAGAAGAGUUAAAAAGGUUGCCUGCUCCACAGGCUGCUAUAAAAUACUACAUGAAUGAAGACUUGUACCUGUUUGAUGAAUUCCAAACAGCUAGAACUCCGAAUUCCAGGAGGCCAAAAAUAGAGAACUUGUACGAUGUGUUUGUAAACAUUCGGGACGACGAGGCAGAACACUGCAAGACAAUGAAGGCCUGUCAAACCCAUGGAAAUCUCCGCUCUCCCCAUGGCAGCCUGAACUCUUUGGAAGAUGAUUCGGGAUGUGUUGUGUCUCAAUCUGACUGCGAGGGUAUCAUAGAUUGUGUUAAAAAGUCAUUGACUUCUCAUAGAUGAAGAUUUAAAUUAUUCUGAAAAUUUGUUGGAUGUGUUAUAUUGAAGAAAUGGAGCAAGAGGAGGAUUCUUACUACAAUUUACAAUUUUGAAUACGAAGGAGGAGAUUAAAUGUCACCAUGCAUGAAUUUUGACUUGUAUAACAUGCAUAUAUCUCAUACUUGUUUUCCCCCUCCAAA